GUCGCGGAAGCUGUUUUUUAAAUUAAAACAGGAACCAUGUAAUGAAAAAAAAAUCAUUGUACUUAAGUGACAUUCGUUUAAUGAUGAGGUUCGGUCAGAGUGCCUGUUGCGAUGUCGCUUUCCCUGCUGAUGACAGGUUGAACAGUGUUUGCUUACACUAGGAAGGAUGUUUCAUUGGUGUGGAAAGCACUGCAUUACACCCAGUUACCAAUACAAAAGAAAUGCGAGGGCCUAAACUGUGAAGUUGUAUACUAGUUAUCCAAUACGAAAUCGGUUUUGUCAUGCAAACAAUCUCAUCCUCAUUAGCGGGGAGAGAGUAAUGCCUCCAACUAAUUCAGUUUCUAAGUUAUGCUUGUGGGUCAACAUACGCGCUUAUGACUGAGUGCUGAUUUUUAUUUAUUUCAUCCUGGUGACUUGAAUCCAUUCACCUAAAAUAUCUGUCUUUUCCUGUAGGUUAUCAUUACACCACUAGGUGGCAACAAGUGAGCGUGCUAUUAGUGAGUCACUAAUCAUUCACUCAUUCGUUUUAUUCUUUUGAUUCAAUCGAUUCGUUUCAAUACACUGGCUGCCUCCAAAUGCUGAAAAAAGCUGUCUCCGUGUAAUGGAAGUUGGCCAGAAAGAACUGUGCGUGUAAACCGCACUCUCUUGAUCUCAAGAGGUGCUCUAGCGACUGACGCUAGAGACUGCGGUCUUUAGCCUCCUUGUAAGAUCGUCCGACUCCUAUGCCAGCGGCCCUGGGUUUGAGUCCCGCUGAGAGCAGGUGAUUUGAACAGGAGGGGUUACAUUGGUGCCGUGACCAGGAUGGGAGCAAGGUUUUAGGGGGUGAGUGUAACGGACAUUGGCUGGUAAGAACUGUGCGUGUAAACUUCACUCCCCUGAUCUCAAGAGGCACUCUAGCGACUGACGCUAGAGACUGCGGUCUUUAGCCUCCUUGUAAGAUCACCCGACUCCUAUGCCAGCGGCCCUGGGUUUGAGUCCCGCUGAGAGCGGGUGAUUUGAACAGGAGUGGUUACAUUGGUGCCGUGACCCGGAUGGGAGCAAGGUUUAAGGGGGUGAGUGUAACGGACAUUGGCUGGUAAGAACUGUGCGUGUAAACUUCACUCCCCUGAUCUCAAGAGGUGCUCUAGCGACUGACGCUAGAGACUGCGGUCUUUAGCUUCCUUGUAAGAUCGUCCGACUCCUAUGCCAGCGGCCCUGGGUUUGAGUCCCGCUGAGAGUGGGUGAUUUGAACAGGAGGGGUUACAUUGGUGCCGUGACCCGGAUGGGAGCAAGGUUUAAGGGGGUGAGUGUAACGGACAUUGGCUGGUAAGAACUGUGCGUGUAAACCUCACUCCCCUGAUCUCAAGAGGCACUCUAGCGACUGACGCUAGAGACUGCGGUCUUUAGCCUCCUUGUUAGAGCGCCCAACUCCCACGCUAGCAACCCUGGGUUCGAGUCCCACUGAGAGCGGGUGGUUCCAACAGGAGGGUUACAUUGGUGCCGUGACCCGGAUCGGAGCAAGGCUUAAGGGGUUGAGUGUAACGGACAUUGUGCGUGUAAACCUCACUCCCCUAAUCUCAAGAGGCACUCAAGCAACUGACGCUAGAGACUACGGUCUUUAGCCUCCUUGUUACAGCGCCCAGCAGCUCCGAGUUUGAGUCCCUCUGAGAACGGGCGGUUCGAACAGGAGGGGUUACAUCCACAGGCAGCAUACAGAGAUUUGAAUUAAGGGAACAAUUAAAUCCAAUGAUUGUGACACAUCCUGCUACUGAAAUACCUUAAUAAUAAUAAUAAUAAUAAUAAUAAUAACCUACAGAUAAAGUUCCUAUUUUUGGUUCGUAUAAAUAACCAAAUAGAAAUCAUAUGUUAACCUUAGGGGAACGUUCAGUGUUUGCUGUUUAGUCAGCCUGCGGAACCUCUUUCAAGAAUGAGACGCAUUAAUACUAAAAAACGCUUGUUAAGUGCGUGUUCAUUCAGUAAUGCAGUCACAUGCUUAAAAAAAAAAUGGAGCAAAUAUUGCAGAAAUAGUAGCAGUAUGCUAUUCUGUUAUGUUAUUAUGCGAUUUGACUGUGAGAGCGGUAGGUUGCUGGAGGGGAAAACUUACUGUCCCGCCCUCGCGCCAGUAAACACGUCAUCAGAGAAUAGAAGAUGUAAGGCAGUGGAAGUUGUUUUGAUUAAAAAUUAAGAGAGCACAUGAAUUAAAAUAAAUUGCACGGAUAAAUCAUUUAUAAUAAAUACUGUUAAUUCCAUAUUGUCCAUUUUGAUUUCAUGGUGACUUUAAUAGAUUAAAAACACCAGUUUACGAACAGCACACCACUUAUUGAGAGUGUUUGUGUAGGAGGAGUGUGAAAAUGAAUCAGCCUUGCUGGACACAGAUUUCACGUAAUCUCUGUUACAGACGUUUAAGUGCCACAACUGAUGACUCACUGUAGUCUCUGUAUCGCUGUGAUUGUAAACGCACUGCCUUCUAUCUCUGUGGUCCACAGAGGUUCGGCGUUUCUGCAAAAUAGUGCUCUGCUGUUGAAUGGCGUCCUCGGAAUACGCUUGCGCUGUAGGCAUUACCAACCUGCUUUCCUGCCAAAUACAUGCCCUAGAUGCAGACUCACUGCGCGGCGUCGGAUGCUGUGCAGGUGGGAGAGCAAAACACUCGCGUGAAAACUGACUGAGAAGAAGGCGAAAUGACAAGGACAGGGCUUGCACUGGGUUGAUAAAGAAAAACCUUCGUUAGACGUCGCUGCACAUAUUCACGUUAGCCUAUGUGCCACAUCCAUCCGCAAUAUCACACCUUUACUCUCUCCGAGUGAUGCUGCUGCUGCUGUCUAUGCAGUGAAAUGUUUGGCACUGUCUGAAUCUGCACCCAUCUGGAGCUGAGCCGUUUUUCCCCCAUCCCCAUCGUCCUGAUCCUGAGCCCCGAUCCUGAUUAUUAGGAACAACUGCAAGACCCCUAACUCAUCUACCUCGACGUCCCUCUUUACCCCGGUACUGGCACUGCUUCACCCAUAGAAAACAGAUGAGCCUGGGAGGUUGUGCUUGAGUGGAGCCCUGCUGGGAGAAGUAAUGCUCUGUGUGUAGACCUCCCCUUCUUCCAAUCAUGAGCCACCAGGAGGCGCCACACGGCCAGGAGUUGAGAGAGGCGGCUGAGGCAGACCUGGAGCGUAGAGCCCCCGAGGGCCAACAGCCCCCCGCAUCCCACCGUAGACGCCACGAAAACGGAGAUGGCAGCUCCCGCUCCGGUCGCUCCCGCAACCACCACAGCAACCAUGGUACGGAAAAUAAUUACUACCAGUCCCAACAGCAGGGGGCCCCACGCUACCGCAGGUACGAGGGAUCAAACGGAGGGACGAACCGCACACGUGCCGCAAGGAGGCCAGCGGAAGACGGUGAUACCGAGCAGCAACCCGUUCAGCAACCCAUACCACGACCUGCAGUGACACGCUACCGCAGACAGGGGGACAACGAGGCACGACUUCGGGCACAGCAACAAAGACAGCGACAGCGAGAGAGGCAGCAGAGAGAUGCUGAGAGAACCGAACAGCACAGGCUGGAACAUCAACAGCAUCUCAUCUCCCCUACGCAAGUCAUGCCGCCAGCCAGAGAGCCAGAGGAAGCUGAGGAAGACGAGGGAGAUGGUGGCAGCGCUUUGGCCCGAUCCGCCAGCACCGAGAGCGGCUUCCACAACCACACGGACCGGGCAGAGGGGGAUGCAGUCAUGGCCCUUGAAGCGGAGCCCGAAGAUGAAAGCACAUACGGCAUCCCACUGCGCCCGGAAGCAGAGGAGUACACCGAGAGUGCAGAGUCAGAGCAACAGCACGGUGGUCCAGCUUACCUCCAACCCCAAUACCCACCUCAGCCACCGCCCCUACCUCGAGACCCCCUGCCUAAUGCCGAGAGGCCCCAUGAUGCAGAGACGCUAAACCCCAACUACUCCAAUUAUGUUUACACUCAACCCAUGUACCGCAGUCCCACUGGAGCAGGAGAGGCCCAUGAAGGUGGAUCAACAGAAGACGAGCCGUACUCUGAGCCCUAUGCCGAAUACACCCUUCAGGAGCACGUUUACGAGGAGAUCACGGAUGGCCCCUCGACCAAAGCUGAGGGACAGACUCCACAACAGUGUAGGGCAGACUUCAGACUCUUCGACCGUGACUUGUACCAGCAGCAGGAGGCUGUUGGGUCCAGGCUCCACCACUAUGACGAGCGAUCCGAUGGAGAGUCGGACAGCCCUGAAAAGGAAGCAGAGUUUGCACCGUACCCCCGUGCUGACAGCUGUGAGCAGGAUGAGGACAUUGACCAGAUUGUGGCAGAGGUGAAGGAGAGUCUGAGCUCGCAGAGCCUGGAGCGUGUCGCCAUGGGCCUGGACAAGGAUGGCGACGAAGAAGAGUGGACCGAGUCAGAGUCCCAUGGUCAAAUGGACAAAAUCAAAUCCCCGGAGCCAGUAAAUGAAGGAGAGUGCGGAGAACUGCCCCCCAAAAGUCCCUCAGAAGAGCCAGCUCCAGUCGUGAGGAGCAGUCGUGAAAAGAGAGACGCAAUCUCACUGGCUAUUAAGGACAUCAAAGAGGCAAUAGAGGAAGUGAAGACAAGGACGGUCCGCUCGCCCUACACGCCAGACGAGCCCAAAGAACCCAUCUGGGUAAUGAGGCAGGACCUGAGUCCUACAGCAGAAUCUGACCUGCAGCCGUCUCUGGGGGCUGAUUCUCCAGGCUCAGGCUCCACCUCCCCACAGGGGGCCGAGUCUUCCAGCCGUCCCCUGACGUCACACGAGGGGAGUGACAGCUUUGAGUCUCCAUCUCCAGCCAGUAAAGAGUCAAGGAGAAGUCUCGCUUCAUUCCCGACAUAUGUGGAAGUACCAGGCCCAUGUGACCCAGAGGACCUCAUUGAUGGUAUUAUCUUUGCUGCUAACUACCUGGGAUCCACCCAGCUACUCUCAGACAAGACACCCUCCAAAAAUGUGCGCAUGAUGCAGGCUCAGGAGGCUGUGAGUCGCAUUAAGACGGCCCAGAAAUUAGCCAAAAACAGGAAGAAGGCUCCAGAAGGUGAAGCUCAGCCCAUGACUGAGGUAGAUCUCUUCAUCUCCACUCAGAGAAUCAAAGUGCUCAAUGCAGACUCACAGGAGACAAUGAUGGACCACCCUUUAAGGACCAUCUCCUACAUUGCUGAUAUUGGGAACAUUGUGGUGUUGAUGGCCAGAAGGAGAAUGCCUCGCUCUGACUCUCAGGAGGACGUGGAAGCCUCUGACCCUGCCCAAGACGAGAAGCGGCAAUACAAGAUGAUCUGUCACGUGUUUGAGUCUGAAGAUGCUCAGCUCAUAGCUCAGUCUAUCGGCCAGGCUUUCAGUGUGGCAUACCAAGAGUUCCUGCGUGCCAAUGGCAUCAACCCAGAGGAUCUGAGCCAGAAAGAGUAUAGCGACCUCCUUAACACACAGGACAUGUACAACGAUGACCUCAUUCACUUUUCCAAGUCUGAGAACUGCAAAGAUGUUUACAUAGAGAAGCAGAAGGGAGAGAUUCUUGGGCUGGUGAUUGUGGAGUCGGGCUGGGGCUCCAUCCUUCCCACAGUUAUUAUAGCAAACAUGAUGCAUGGCGGCCCGGCUGAGAAGUCCGGUAGGCUGAACAUUGGGGACCAGAUUAUGUCCAUCAAUGGCACCAGCCUGGUGGGAUUACCCCUUUCCACCUGUCAGAGUAUUAUCAAGGGAUUGAAGAACCAAUCCAGAAUAAAGCUUAACAUUGUGAGAUGCCCACCCGUGACCACUGUUCUCAUCAGAAGACCCGACCUAAGAUAUCAGCUGGGAUUUAGUGUGCAGAAUGGCAUUAUUUGCAGUCUCAUGAGAGGAGGGAUAGCAGAGCGCGGUGGGGUCCGUGUCGGUCACCGGAUCAUUGAAAUCAAUAGCCAGAGUGUUGUGGCCACCCCUCAUGAGAAGAUUGUACACAUUCUGUCAAAUGCAGUUGGUGAGAUUCACAUGAAGACUAUGCCGGCUGCCAUGUACCGCUUGUUAACAGCCCAGGAGCAACCCGUUUACAUCUAAAGCUACAACACUUUCUCAAGCCUCCUGCCCCGUUGUCACCAGAUAUAACCUUAAUCUUGAUGUGAAAGUGUCAGGCCUGUGAACUGGUGACUGUGUGAUUGAAUCCACUGAAGCUCUGCUCAACAUGGCUCUCCAUGACUUCACUGCCUCCCCUGAGCUCUUCAUCUGUUCUUUUCUGUUGCUGUGAGUGCGAUUGCUGUGCCGUGUCAUUCCUCUCUGUGUGCACUGGAACGAAGCAGAGAGAGAGUGAGAAAUAUUUAAAGCCCAUCACAGGAAAUGGUGUCCUACUCAAACCAGAUACCUACUCACACAGCAGUUUGUGGGUGACAAAAAGUACAUCUGUGUGAUGUGAGCGUUAGGUGUACAAAAAGGAGUUUGCCUAACCAUACUUUUUUGCUGUUAUUUAUUCGAGCUUGGCAGGCGUCAUGUGUUUUAGGUUCAACUUUAAUUUUUAAGGGCAGCUGUUAGUCUGAGGAAUAUGGUGUUGAGUUGAAUUGGUCAAAACCUACAGGAUGUUGAAUUGGAAUUUGAAUUGGAUCCACAGGAAAAUAAAUUUACUGAACUGCAAUUUGAAAGACAUUCAGCAGUUAUUAUAACUUCAAUUUUCAAUUAACAAAGCCACCAAAAUUUUAACUUUGCCAUACAGCACCACAAAAUGUACUUUGACAACUUUUGACUGGAUAAUAUUGUAAGUAAACUUACAAUAUUUUCAGUUAUGAUCCUGAAAAUGAAAGUUAAUUUAUUAAAUAUAGUGAAAUGCAUAUACAUUUCCACACAUUUUCAAACAUUAUUAAUAUUAUUUAAUGUUUCUCUGUUUUAAUGUUGCGUUUUUCAUUUUAUUUAUAGGUAAUUGAUACCGAAACACACAUUUCUUUAACUUGCUUUCCAUUUUACUUGCUUAAAUUCAAAUUCAAAUUACAAUUCUGCAUCCUGUUGGCUUAGAAAUGGACUAAACCAUUGAGUCCUGUAAAAAAGGUUUUUAUUUAAACACACUUCCUAUCAAAAUGACAAUGAUCUUUUUGGUUCAUCCGUGGUGGAUAAUUCAAUGGGAAUGUCUAGUAUACUUAGGAGUAUAUAGAGUAGAGCACAUAGAAAUUGUGGAUGAAAUGCCUUACAGAAUGAUGAUGCCAUAAUUUGAAAAAAAGAAAGUGUUUUUGAAAUAUAUGGAGGUGCAUUUGGAGAUUUGAGAGUAGUUGAUGGACUUAAAGGGAUAGUUCACCCAAAAAUGAAAAUUCUGUCAUCAUUUACUCACCUUCUAGUUGUUCCAAACCUGUAUAAAUUUCUUUCUUCUGCUGAACACAAAAGAAGAUAUUUUGAAGAGUAUGGGUAACUAAACAGUUUAUGGACCCCAUUGACUUCCAUAGUAUGAAGGGGAAAAAUGAUGACAGAAUUUUCACAUUUUGGUGAACUAUCCCUUUAACAAAUGAACCUCUUUAAAUAAGCAUACGCAUAUAUUACAGUCGGGGAAAGGCUUCCUAAAAAUUAACCAUUGUGUUGUGAUUUACUGCUUUUUUUUUUUUUUACAUUCAUGUGCAAUAUUUAUUUUGUUUUUGUUUGAGGUUUUUUUUUUUUUGGUAAAUGACUGCAUUCCUUAUUUUUAUGCACAGAAAACCUUCCUUUUUGUUUUAAGCAUCUGUAUAUUAAAUAAUAAUAUUGCAAAUUAAAUAUGCCUAUAUUGGUAGCAUUUUCUUUUAAACAUUUAUACUUGGAAAAAAAAUGUUUGUGUUGACAUUUUAAGGAUGGAUUUGAUAAAUUCCAUUCUGAGAUCUCAUUUAUCUUUUGUACCUCGUUAUGAAGUUGAGUCAUUACGGCCUUUUUUUUAUCAACUAAAUGUUUAAUUCAUGUGUGCUACUUUUUCACUCAGUGUUUUUUCACUUAAGAGCAGAAUGUGUCUUAACAGAACUGUAUUCACUCUCAGAAAGCUUCGGUCUGGUACAUUUGAGCUGGAUUUGCAAGCGUGUAUGACUCUAAUUUGGACACCAAUAUCCAGUAUACUGUUCUAGUAUAGAGCAUCUCAACAUGAAGCGAUUGAAAACCGACUGUGUUUCCAGAGAUUUUCCCCCUCAUUACAGUACCAUCUGUGUAAGAACCUCAGCAUGCUUUGGCACAUCUCCAUUCUUACUUAUUAGAGACUGUCUGAAUUCUGGUAAAUAUCACUAUAUAUGUGAUUUUGCAUCUGAAGAAAAAACAAGCAGAAAAUGUCUUACGAGAAGCUUAUUGCAAUGAAUUAUUGAACACGCUCCCCUAUUUUACCAUCAAGUGUACUUGCGUAAUUCUUUUGAGAGCGCACACACACACGUUUGCAAAGAUCUUUUGCCAUCAAAUAAUUAAUACAGCAGUGUAGAUUAUAUCAAUAUGAUGACAUUUCUGCAGUGUUGAAUCUGUAUUGAUACUAGAAAUAUUGUGAGGAAUCUUACUGCUCUGCAGCGACUGUAUUUGAUGGCAUUCUGGCUCUUUCAGAUGUUACCAAGCUCCCUGUAAUUGUGCCGCUGAUAAGAAAAGGUACUUCUUGUUGCUUCAAAUGUGAAUUUCACCCCACAUUCUGACCUCAUUAGCACUGUAUUCUGUUACUAAUUGAAUCAAAAGUCAUUAACACAGAGGAAGGGCCUCAUUUUUUAUUUUUUUGCUUUAUGUGAAGCAUGAUCUUUUUGUAAGCAUUGCUAUUUAUUCUUGUAGUGAGUGUGAUGUGUGAUUACAAAUGACUUCAUCAUCAAAUAAAACCAGCUAGACACUUUCAUAUAUA